UUAAUGGGGUGGAAACGGGGGAUGGGCCAGAAGAGAAUUGCGUGGUAACGGGUCAGAACAAGGGAGAACCAAUAAACUCUGCUACCAGACAGGCGCGAUCAACAAUCUCAGGGCUCUCGCUUUCAAUCAAAUCAAAUCCAAUCCUCAUACACCCAUUUGUGAUUGGUUACCUUCCCUGCAACAUAUUCAGAGCUGCAGAUCAUUUUCAUUAUGUAUUGGAAUGGAACCACUUUGAAUGGAACAUAUUCUUCUUCUCAUGUUAUGCUCCAUCAUCUUGAUGCUGUGAGCCUAUGAGAUGGGUCAACAAACAGUAGAUUCAAAAUCAAGCGAUCAUGGGCAGGCUAAUGCUAAAUCUGGACCCAAGCAUGAUAAACAGCUGUUGGUGCCAGUAGCCAUAAUGGGACCUGCAAUUCAGGAUUCACGGAGCGAGAGUGUGGUUGCUGCCUCCAAAUCUAUUGAAAGCCCACUAUUUCCUGAAACGAAUAAUAUGGACAAUAAAGUUUCUAAUAUAACUGGCUCCAAAAGACCUACCCCAGAAUGCCUAGUGAACCCUCUCAGCCGAUGCUCGACAAACAAUUCUGGUAGUGGGCAUCUUGUCUAUGUUCGUAGAAGACCCGAAGGAGAGUUAAGCAAAACUGCUGCUAGUAACAACCAAAGUGGUGUUACUGAUUAUCCACAACUGAAGAAGCUUAGUCAACAUGAUGAGAAAACUCAGACUGAAGUCCAGAUGAAGGAAGCUAGACACUAUAUUCCAGAAGUUUCACCAAUCUCAGGAACUUCUUCAAGGUGCUCCUUAUCCAUGAAACCUUCAGUACCUCCCUCGACGGGAGAGUCCAACAACAAUUUAGCUUCAGUUAACGUUAGCAACCAUCAAGUCACUUCUACCAGACUAUUGUUGGAUAAUCAAAAGAAGGUUAAUUUUAAGCUUUGGGAAGAGCGGUAUUUCCAAUUGCAGAACUUGUUGCACAAACUGGAGCAAUCAAAGCAAGAGGAUUAUGUCCAGACAGUGCUUCGAUCGCUCUCCUCUGUUGACCUAAGCAAACAUGCUGUUGAACUGGAGAAGAGGUCCAUGCGGCUCGCAUUGGAAGAAGCUAAGGAGGUGCAACGAGUAAGAGGCUUGGAUGUGUUGGGGAAAUAUCCAAAGAACCCCAGAGCUUCAAUAGCUUGACGUCCUGAACAGCCUCAGCAAGAAGGAAAUGUAAUUGUAUUCUAAAACAAAAUUUGUACAUGUUGUAGCCUGAUAGUCACAAGUGUUGUAGUUAGUCUCUGUCUGGUCCUAGCUAAUUAAUGUGCUGUAGCUAUCGUUUGUUAACACUAACUUAUAGCACAUUUUAUUGAGCAAAUGGUAAUGGCAUUGCUCAGUUCCAUCAACAACAAUUGAGACUGAAUUCUUGCCCUCGUUAUCAUUUAAUCCUCUUUUAUGUCUUACAUAUACUUGGUCUGCGAAUUCACCACAAAGUAACAAAGGAGCCCCAACGGGUUGAUUGAUUUA